GAGGGGAUGGCGGAGGAGCGGCGGCUGCUCGGCUUCUGGCAGCGGGUGGGCCGGGGCCACCGCGUGGACGUCCCGCCCGAUAUGGCACAACCAAUCCAGCAGCUGACGAGAAAUAACCAUUCUCAGGAGAGAGAGAGCGUGCCGUUUACUGUGAUGAGCCGUAAAGAAAAGCUUGGCAAAGUGCUCUAUGAGAAACGGCAUUACGGGAAGGGCAAGUGGGCCUGCGUCAAAGCGAAAGAACCGCAGUACGAACAGAGCGUGUGCCUCGGAUUCAUGAAGCUCAUGAGAUACAUUUGUGAGCAGAAUUCUGCAGGGCUGUACCUGGGGAUGACUGUUCCUGUUGUGACCGUAAUUCAUACCGGUGAAUCCACGUCAGAUAUCACCAACCUCGUGACAGUGGCAUACUACCUCCCUGGUGAACUGCAAGACCAGCCCCCGGAGCCCUGUGACCCUGACAUCGUCAUUGAAGAAUGGCCUCCGGCCGUGGUUUACGCCAGGGGCUUCAGAGGAGUCACCGAUGAAGAUUCGAUUGCAAGAGAAAUAAAUCUGCUGGCAGAACUUCUGGAAAGUCCUGAUCUGUACUUGCAAGACACUUUCGUUGUUGCAGUAUACACCAAUCCAGCGGCCGCUAAUCGACAGAAUGAAAUGUGGUUUCUGGAGAGACCGUAA